AUGGCACAAGACCAGCCCAACCAAUCCAAGCUAACCCUACCUAUUAAUUCUACAAGGUCUGAUGCUGAUUCAAUAAAUGCUCGAGCUCGAGGGGACAACUCAAGUGAGCAUACAAAAAAUACUCUUUUAGUUUUGGGUACUUUGAUUGCUUCCGUGACCUUCCAAGCAGGAGUCAACCCUACUGGUGGCGUUUGGCAAGAAAACUCACCCCAAGAUCCUGCUCAACAAGCUGGAAAGACCAUUUUGGCUAAUAAUAUAUCAUUCUAUGCCAUUUAUAUUGUCUGCAACACUUUAGCGUUUUCUACGUCGUGUUCCAUGAUUGGAUCUCUGGUCGAAACAUCAGGAGAAUUUAGAAUAUUGGUGCGGCUUGUCCUUUUUUAUAUGGGAUUCACCUACUGUGCUUCGGUCAUGUCUGUGCUGCCAAAUCGUGGAACUCUUAAUACUUGGUUAUUUUUAUUCACAUUUUACUCCGCACUUCUUGUACCGUUUUUACCUUUGUUUGCAAGACGUAUUUGGAACAAAAUUGAGGCAGCAUGGAAUGAACUUUGGUGA